CUGAGAGGAGCCGUUACUGCGCGCAAAGGGAAGCGCGCUUUGCAACUGUGCGCAGCCUUGUUGCAGCGACCGCGAGCACACGCCAGCAACCUGACUUCUCUGCACAACGAACUGAACUAUUGCCGCUACUCAUAACUUGUGCGUUAUCGGAGCAGUACAACUCACAAGAACUGGACUUAAUUUUUUAACCCCGAAGUGGCUCCGCGGUGGUGUUGCCGCUCCUCGUCCGCGGCGGAUCCGGAGAUCGGAGCAUCUGCAGCGGGGGGAGGCAGUGGUGCAUCCCCUGUUCCAGCGCAGGGUCCCAAAACCGGCCGGGUGAAAAGGAUGGUUCGGCUGGCAGCAGAGAUACUAUUGCUAUUGGGACUACUUCUGUUGACUCUGCACAUCACGGUGUUACGGAGCAGUCCGCUGCCGUCGGGCAAUGGGACUUUGAACCAAGACCAAAGCACGUCGCUGCCGGAGAACAGUCUCAGCGCAGAGAGAGGCUCCUCCUCCUCCAACCCGCUGUUGCCCGGCGACCGACGCCCCGCCCCCACGCACCGGGCCUCCCAGCCGCGCACGCAAUCCCAGGGUGCAGCGGGAGACCUGCAGAGGGACAGGCCUGGGGCCUUCCUGCUGGACCUGCACAACUUCCCUGACCUCUCCAAGGCCGACAACAACGGGCAGAACCCAAACAUUCAGGUGACCAUCGAGGUGGUGGAUGGGCUGGAGGGGGCGGGGCCAGAGAAGGGGCGGCGGAAGGAGGCGAAGCCGAGCUGGGCGUCGCCGGACUGGAGGAACUGGUGGCAGCGCUCCAGUCGCCCCGACAACCAGGACCUCCCCUACGACAGCGGCGCCGACGACAGCAACUUCCUCCGGCCCCUGGGGGACUGGGACCGGCGCGGGGCCACGGGCGGGGCCGGCAAGGGCCCCACCGAGUACGACUACAUUGACGGAGAUGGGGACUGGAGUUCCUGGUCAGCAUGCAGCGUUUCCUGUGGCAACGGGAACCAGAAGAGGACCAGGUCAUGUGGCUACGCCUGUACAGCCACCGAGUCCCGCACCUGCGACAUGCCAGGCUGCCCAGGAAUCGAGGAUGCCUUCAGGACAGCAGCCACAGAAGUCAGCAUCCUCGCUGGAACUGACGGGUUCAACGCCACAGAACUCUUUGGCGUGGACACGGACAGCUGCGAGCGCUGGAUGAACUGCAGGAGCGAGUUCCUGAAGAAGUACCUGCUGAAGGUGACCUCCGACCUGCCCGGCUGCCCCUGCUCCUACCCCACGGAGGUGGCCUACGGCUCGGCCGACAUCCUGGACCCCGCCUCGGGCCGGCACUUCCGCUGGAAGGACGCCAGCGGCCCCAAGGAGCGCCUGGAGAUCUACAAGCCCACGGCGCGCUACUGCGUGCGCUCCGCGCUGACGCUGGAGUCCACCACCCUGGCCUCGCAGCACUGCUGCUACGACGACGGCAUGCGGCUGGUCACGCGCGGGAAGGGCGCCGGCUCGCCCAACCUCAUCAGCACCGAGUUCUCCGAGGACCUGCACUACAAGGUGGACGUGCUGCCCUGGAUCGUCUGCAAGGGCGACUGGAGCCGCUACCACCGGGCGAGGCCGCCCAACAACGGCCAGGGGUGCGUCGACAACCCCCCGGACGAGGACUACUACAAGCAGUUCGAGGAGGCCAGGGAGUUCUGACCUGAGGCGUGAGCCUAGCGCGUGAAGUCGCCCGCGUUCGACACGGACAAUUUCGGCAAAACGGGCGCGACGUUUGGGCUCCGGGACUGUUCUUUGGACUCUACCCAGAAUUCCAUAGCUCCCCCCC